AACUCUGAGAAUAAUUUUGCAGCAUUAAGGUGCACAGUUAGCACUUCCUAGACUCAGCAGCUCCAUCACAGAUCACUCAUUCUACCCGGAAAGCUUCAUAAACAACAUAACCACAGUGUCGUCUCUCUCUCCACGUCGCUGCGCGCAUCUCACACUCAUCCAGAGUCCUUCCUUCUCGCCAGAGCUUCUGUUUCUGCGCGUCAACUCACCGGACAGAGGCUUUUCAUCAUCUGUUUACAAAACCAGAUGCAGACAUCGUUUAUUCGGCCUUUCUGCGGAGUUUUUUUUUUAGAGCUGCUCGCUUGCGAUUCUUGACAUCACACUGAUGUGCUUGACUCCUGCGCUCCACCCCGCCUGCCGGAGCGGAGGAGCGCUGGACCAGAGAGACGCACCAGGAGGGGAGAGCGAGCUGAUGUUAGCGGCUGUGGAGAAGCUCAGUCUGCUAAAUGCAACUACAGAAACAGCUAGAGCAACUUCAUUAAAGACCCGUGACUGCUGAAGUUAGUUCAGAAGACAUGGAUCCUCUGCUUGAUCAUUGCACUCGCUCGCUCUGUUGCCUUGAUUGGUGAUUUAUGUGCGUAAAGUGUGUUUAUAGGAAUAGAUGAGUUGCUAGAUUGAGGCUGCAGAGUGAUGCCAGCUCACUUUCACAGUUUCCUCGGAGUUUGUGCACGUGUCAGUACUGCUUGAUCACUUCUCACACCUGACUCUUAACAAUGAUCGCUGAAGGUCACGUUUCAGCGCGACGCACUUAUCCAACUAUUGUGCAUCUCGUGUUUUGCGACUUGAUUUGCAGAUAACUUUGAAAUUUUAACCGAAAACACCGUAGAACAGAAAAAGCAGGGAUGAUAUUCAGCCCGCUCGUGCGUUAGAGGCUGAUUAGUCCACUUUAAAGUCAAGACAAACCGGACUAUGACUCGCUCCAAACUUUGCUCUGCGCUCCUGUGGAUGAUCCAGUGAAGCGCGUUAAAUCAUAUGUAGCUCACUGGUCGAGAUGUUAGGAAGUCCAUCAAACAACGGCGGCAUCAGAAUGCUGGUGCCCCCGGCUCCGAACGACGACAGGCGGGUAGAGUUUGUGGCUCUCACCGCCGUCCACACGGAGAGAAGCGAGCCGUCCACCCCGGAGCGCGGACACCCGUCUCACCGCACGGGUCUGCUGGGCACCCCGCUGCCAGGACCUCCAGGACCCCGGGCCAACGCGUCUGCUUCCAGCAAGCGCUUCAGAAAGUUGCAAAAUUGCCUCUACAACGUGCUGGAGCGGCCAAGAGGAUGGGCAUUCAUCUACCAUGCAUUCAUUUUUCUGCUGGUGUUCAGCUGCUUGGUGCUGUCCGUGUUCUCCACCAUCCCCGAGCAUCAAAAGGCCGCCAACCAAGCCCUCUUCAUCCUGGAGUUCGUCAUGAUUGUGGUGUUUGGGAUGGAGUACUUCAUCAGGAUCUGGGCAGCUGGCUGUUGCUGCAGAUACCGUGGAUGGCAGGGACGGCUCAGGUUUGCCAGGAAGCCCUUCUGUGUCAUAGACUUCAUAGUGUUUGUGGCAUCGCUGGCAGUGAUCGCUGCAGGAACGCAGGGCAACAUCUUCGCCACGUCAGCCCUGCGCAGCAUGCGCUUCCUGCAGAUCCUGCGUAUGGUUCGUAUGGACCGACGAGGAGGCACCUGGAAACUUCUGGGUUCAGUGGUUUAUGCUCACAGCAAGGAGCUGAUUACAGCCUGGUACAUAGGUUUCCUGGUCCUGAUCUUUGCCUCCUUCCUUGUCUACCUGGCAGAGAAAGAUGUCAACACUGACUUCAACACCUAUGCAGACUCCCUCUGGUGGGGAACUAUAACUUUGACCACUAUUGGCUAUGGUGACAAGACCCCUCAUACGUGGCAAGGACGGCUGCUAGCAGCCAGUUUCGCUCUUCUGGGAGUUUCCUUCUUUGCCCUGCCUGCUGGAAUUUUGGGAUCAGGCUUUGCCUUGAAGGUUCAAGAGCAGCACCGGCAGAAGCACUUUGAGAAGAGGAGGAUGCCUGCUGCAAACCUGAUACAGGCUGCAUGGCGUCUCUACUCUACAGAUGUCACUCAUUCCUAUCUAACAGCUACAUGGUACUUCUAUGACAGCAUGUUGCCUUCGUUCAGAGAACUGACGCUACUGUUCAGUCACCUCCAGCGACAGCGUAACACCAAGAAGGUUCUCCACAACUCCUACCACACGGUGCUGUCUGGGCUGCGGCCCUACAGCUCCCCCUACCUGUCGGGGGACAGGAAGGCAGAGGUUCCAUGCAGUCAACUCCUUUCUAAAAAGCGGGGUCUCUUCCGGAUUCAUGCUGGCCGCAAGCAGAGCAGUAAAAUGGGCUUCCGGGAUCGGAUCAGGAUGAACAACUCCCGUUCAUCCCAAACCAUUCGGAACAAGGCGUCACCGCUGCCCCCCGGCUCUGGUGUCCGUCGCUCUCCCAGCCAGGAGAACGUUCCUGAAGCCACCAGUCCGGGAAAGGUCCAAAAGAGCUGGAGCUUUAAUGACCGCACACGCUUCCGCACCUCCCUUCGCCUCAAACCACGUCCACCUGUUGACGUGGAAGGAGUUGGGGAGGACAGUGUAGAAGACAAACCAUAUUGUGAUGUUGCCAUGGAGGAAGUGAUCCCAGCAGUGAAGACACUCAUACGAGCUGUCAGGAUCUUGAAGUUCCUUGUGGCCAAGAGGAAGUUUAAGGAGACGCUGCGUCCAUAUGAUGUGAAAGAUGUCAUAGAGCAGUAUUCAGCUGGACACCUGGAUAUGCUGGGCCGCAUCAAGAGUCUGCAGAUGAGGGUGGACCAGAUAAUUGGACGAGGAACUGUUCAGCCCGAUAAGAAGGUGCGCCCUGAAAAGGGAGAGAAGACGCCGCCAGAACUGGACCCACUGGAUGAGCUAAGCAUGAUGGGACGUGUAGUUAAAGUGGAGAAACAGGUUCAAUCCAUAGAGAACAAGCUGGACCUCCUGCUCAACUUCUACUCCCAGUGCCUAAAGAAAGGCUCGUCCCACUUCACCCUGUCCUCCUUCCUGGACCCUGACCUGACAUCUGACUACCAGAGCCCCACGGACCAAAGAGACCUCUUCCCCUCCGCUAACACGCUCAACAUCUCCCAAUCUGAUAGCGGCAACUUGGAAUGACAAUGAGCCGACUGUCUGAACACAGACACAAACCCUUUACAGUACGUCUUCCUCAGGCCGAGUCCUCCCUCUGCCUAAACGUCUUGUCUUCACUUCAUUUCAUCCACACUCUGCAGUGAUUCGUCUCGCCCCCGUCUCAAAUCUGCAUCCUCCACCUUAGUGAAUGUUUCCAGACCCGAUACCAGACAGAGGCCACCAGAUGGCUCCACCUGACAAGGAGCCUCAGCCAAAGCUGCUCACCGCACACGCCUCUCAACCCACUAGAUGAGGACGGAGACGAGGAACUGACACAUGAACUAUUACUUGACUACUGAACCACUCUCACCCACUCACCUCAUGCUCUCUAUCUAUGCCUACUUUAAAGCUUCGGCUGCAGAUAGUCAGACUGUGUGUUGAAGUUUUAUGAAUCUUUGGAGGAAUCUUAUCUUUUCUCCCCAUCAUCAUUUCUUCUUUCGUUUUUUUUUUUCUUCUUGGCUGCAACUUCCUGAGAGUUUUCUGACUCUGCUGACACAGACAGCUCAGAAAGUGCCAUGCCGGUCAUUUGUUCAGGACUUUGCCAGUCAUAGUCCGGGAGGGCAUCGCAUUUCUUCAUACUGUGAUGAAUGUAAUGGGUCCCACCUGUGGUUUUGCAUUCUCGUCAGACGAACCGACGAGCACUGAAGGAGGCGGUUGUAAAGUGCUUCCUUGCGCCGGGAUGGGCAGACUCAGCUGACCUCGCCAAAGCACCCACGGUACACUGUCUCACCCAGACAGGGAGUUCUAAAUGUGUAAAUCCUGCUUUAGUAGAACAAACAGAGCUGCAAGAAUGUGUUGGAGUGACUGAUGUUUGUUUGUUUUGACCUCCAUUCCCUUUCUUGGAAGUUUGAUCUUUAACAAGCCCACAUGCAAAAAAAACCUGCAAUACUCCAUUUGGCUGGCAUUCAGAUGAGGAAUGUUCCAACUUCUUUAGGAUUUAAUCAAGCCAAAAUGUUCUUUCACAGGUUCAAACUCGACUAUUUCAGCAUCGUAAACUUAACGUGCCCUUUAAACCUCUCUGUCUUGCAGCCCACGCUCCCGACAUGCAUGGCAUCCUGUAGAUAAAACCUCACUUCCUGCACUCGCUUCUCAUCGCUCACAUGUAGCCUCAGGUUAGAUUUUUACCAUUUCAGCCGGUUCAGACAGUCAGUAAUUCUUCACAACUCUUCUUACAUGAGGGUAGUUCAUCAGAUGUCACUUGCGCUUGAUGCAGGAACUUUUUGGCCAGUUUGGCGUAGUUUAAAAAAAAAAAAAAAUCUGUCAGGUCUACUGCAUGAAUUCCAGACCUUAAUCCUCAUGAAUGCACGUGUCUUAGGAAACGGUUCCAGCCUUACAGCUUCAACACAAAGACAGUGUGCAGGGUGCCCAAAGGUGUUACUGACUGUCUUUGCCAGUGCAAUUUACUCUCUUCUGUCGUUUCUUUCUCGUUUCUGCUCUCUAAACGCUCUGUGCUGAUGGACAAAACUGGAGAGUGCACACCUGCAAACACACAAUGAAAGCAAUUCCUUUACUUAAAAAAAAACUUGGCACUUGACAAAUAUAACACGUUUUUAUCAUGUCUAACUGUAUCUUUCAUGUUUCUGAUUUCUUUACUGUAAUUGUGUUCAUACAGUUGAUUUUAUGCAACCUAGAGCAGAAAAAUGUUUUUUUUUAAUGAUUUUGGUUGUUGAAAGUGAAAGUAGGAUUUAAUUUAAUAUAUUUAAUUCAGCUAGAAAUGAUCUUUAAAUAAAUGUAGCAUUUUUUUCUCAAGUUAAACUAUGGAUGACUCCACUGUAACCACACACAGCUGAUCAGGUUCACACACAUGAUUUGCAGAGCUCGAGUUUCUUUCCUUUUUUAAAGAAACGUCUUCCAAUAAUUGCUGCCAGCUUCGAGUACGAAAACAUUCGUCAUACUGCAUUUGGCCAGUGUAAACAUUUCUUCUGUCCCCUCAUUUAUUUGGUCCAGUCAAGCCAGUUGACUCAGGUGCUCCACUUUUCCAUUUAAGCCAAGCCCCAACUUUUAAACAGUGAAUGUACUUAAUUGCUCGGUGUUUUUAGAUCUAUUUAUGGUCUGUUUUUAUUGCUGCCAGGACGGCGACAGAGCUCCCUGUCAGCGUCCUACGACUUUUGCAUUCAUUUCAUGGAGAAAUGUUAAGUAGCUUAAUUCUUUGAUCUAGAUUCUAGCAGAGACGCCCGUUUAUUAGAGGCGUCAGCAGUGCUGUCACUUCAUCGUCACGUGGAAUGUUGAGCUUCAUGAAAAUGUACGUGAGACACUGUAUUGCAUGUUGUUGUUUUGUGGUGGCCCCAGUAUUAGAAGAGAAAAAAAAAAACAACUUAAGGAUGUCUCCUGUCAAAUCUUGAGUCAAGACAUGAAAGGAAAUGACCUGUGCCUUCUAUGCCCUCCUUCUGUAACUGAUAUGGUACAGCUUUCUAUUUUAAACGUAAAUAUUAAACCUGCUUUCCAGUAUUUCGUAGGAAUAUCACUUGAAGAUAGCCUUGCUUCUUUUAUCUUUUUUUGCAAAACUUUGAACUAACUAAAGACAUACUAUCAAAAAUGUUCUAAAGAUUUAGUCUUUUACGACCGCUACGAACUUUGAUAUUUUCUGAGAGUAUUACUACUGUAUGUUCAGUACAUCGACGUACCUCUACCUGGACGUCCUUAUUGUAUUAUAACACCUGUCAGAUCUGGAGGCGGGAGGCAUGGACGUUUUGUCGUCACAGGAAAGUCUGCAGGCAUGUGUCCUUUCAUAAGCAUGUCACAUAGAUCCAAAUGGCUUCCACACAACUACCUCUGAGGCCACUAGGGGGCGCUAGUUUAGGAAAACCAAGUAUGAGAAAUGGUAACUGAUUGUCUAACUGACUGAAUGCUAUGCAUGACUCAAUCUGCACGUUCUCUUUUUCACUUCUUCUUCUUCUUCUUCUUCUUCUUCAUGACGUCCUACCAUCCAUCCAUCGUUCACUGACUUGCUGCCAUUUGACAUUCCAGCUCAUUGCUCUUUAACUGCUCUCUUAGGUGUCGGAACUGUUGUUAAAAUUUAAACAAUCAAGCAAUAAGCAACAUGCUAACCUAUCAAAGUCUUCCAAUUCUAAUUAAUGUCGCUACUGGUUGAAUAAAACAUGGCGCUGAUUUAUUUUCUAAUCUAAUGCACACCUCUCUUUGAUCUUUUAAAGAGGUACAAAAAUGUGUAUCUGCUGAGGAUAAAAUUAGAUCACUUGACUAACUUAUUAAUUUAUUUGUUUCAAUAAAGCUAUUUGGACUGUA